AUGAGUGCAUCUGCUGCAAACCUAUCUAAAAAAACACUUCGGAAGGGCAAAAAGCCAGAGCAAGAUGGUCCACCCCACAAACGGCGGAAGCUCGACCGAUCACAGCUGAGCUCCGCAUCUCCAGGCCUGACCUUACAAGACGCGUCUACAUCCGCGUUUCCAAGAGGACAAACCACCACAAUCGACACUGAGCUUGCCGUCGACUUUACGACCCAAGAAACUAAAAAUGGCGAAUCCCUUGCGACAUUGCGCAAGAUGAUUUUCGGACGACUAGAGCAUACAUCUACCCAGACAGAUCCAGGAAAAUACCUUGCAAUUGAUUGCGAGAUGGUGGGCGUGGGCAUCGACGGCGAGGAGUCGUCGCUUGCGCGCGUUAGUAUCGUUAAUUAUUGGGGCGCAGUGCAGAUGGAUGAGUUCGUGAGGCAGAAGGAACGUGUUGUGGAUUAUCGGACCAAAUGGAGUGGGAUACGCCCCUCUGAUAUGGUCAAAGCUAAACAAUUCGAGGAGGUGCAGAAAACAGUCGCGGCUUUGACCAAAGACCGCAUCCUCGUGGGACACGCCGUACACAAUGAUCUCAAGCUCACCGACAACCGUCCUCAGGUUCUGUUCCUAUCGCACCCGGGUCCAUACAUACGGGACACACAACGCUUAGCGGCAAAACACAAUGUAACAAGUAGUAAACGCCCUGCUCUUCGCAACCUCGUAAAACAAGAACUCGAUGUUGUUAUCCAGGGAGGGGAACACUCCAGUGUCACAGACGCUAGGGCGACGAUGGCCGUGUUCCGGCUACACCGAAAAGAGUGGGACAAAGGAUUCAAACCGUUGCCUGCACCUGAGGCUGGCGCAUCGACAAAACGAAAACGUGUCGAGAGUGAUGAACCAGAUGCGCCUACUCCACCAGGUAGAGGGAGGAAGGGUGUCAGUUCUGGACUUUCUACAAUAGUGAAACGGACACCACAGACGAAAUCAAAAACUCCAGUCAAAACUGCUAGCAGUAAUUGGUGGACCACACUGGGUACCAGCGCGAAGGGUUCCAUGAAGUUGUAG